AGUGGUAGGAGCAUUUAUACACAGAUCUCAUUAUAUACACCCAGGAAGAAGUGAAAUAAGAUAGAAUAGGAUAAACACUUGAAAACAUUAAGUUGCCAGUCAUUGUGAAGAAUAAUUACGUUAUAUUAUUCAUAAUUGAACCUUACAGCGUGUCAAAAAGCGAAGAAUCGUAAACUCAAAGCUCUGGAUAUUGAACUCGUAUUGCACUUCCCUGUGGCUGUAAAUAUAUUAGUGUUGAAAAAUUGCAUUUAGUGUAGAAAUUGCAUUUAUUAAGCUUAAUGCACAAUAAUUUGCAUCGUUUGAGUAAUUACAGUAAUUUUCUCAAACUAUUAUUUGUCAACAAGUUUCAUGUGAAAAUUUAUAGUUGAUGACAUUAAAACCAGUGAUUAUCAGAACAAAUAUUGGAUUGUGGAAUAUAAAUACAGCGGCCAAAUAGGUUGAUAUCACAGUUGAAGAACUGACGCAGUCAAACAAUGAAGUCUCUCAGUAGGUGCAUUUUAGUGUUAGCUGUGACGGUGUCAUCAGCAGCACCAUUAGAUGAACUGUCAAGAAAAGGAGAAGCCGGGAGGAUGAGCGACAAAAUCGAGCCAGUGAUAUCAAUGGACCAAAGCCAGUUGUCACCCGGCAUUCAUGCACCAGUUGAACGAGCUGCAAUGGACCAAAGCCAGUUGUCACCCGGCAUUCAUGCACCAGUUGAACGAGCUGCAAUGGACCAAAGCCAGUUGUCACCCGGCAUUCAUGCACCAGUUGAACGAGCUGCAAUGGACCAAAGCCAGUUGUCACCCGGCAUUCAUGCACCAGUUGAACGAGCUGCAAUGGACCAAAGCCAGUUGUCACCCGGCAUUCAUGCACCAGUUGAACGAGCUGCAAUGGACCAAAGCCAGUUGUCACCCGGCAUUCAUGCACCAGUUGAACGAGCUGCAAUGGACCAAAGCCAGUUGUCACCCGGCAUUCAUGCACCAGUUGAACGAGCUGCAAUGGACCAAAGCCAGUUGUUACCCGGCAUUCCAGUUGAAGCUAGAGCUAAAAAUGGUAAAAAGAAAUGCAAAGGAUGCAGAUGCUUUGGAUGCCCUGGUAAACGAGUAGCAAUGCAGCAAAGACUAGCACGACAAAGUCAACUAGCAUGAAAGAGUCAAAUAGCACAAAUAGCAUGUAAUCUUCAUUAUAUCAGAAUAUGUCAAGCGUGACCCUGGGUUAGUUUCUGGGUACAAAACGCACUUAAAGUGGUUGGGAGGGAUAAAAUAAAACCUGUAUGAAUACAAAAUGUUCAAUAGAGACAAUAAUUAUUGUUUGUAGACUGGCCAGUUAACAUUUGAUUGUCAAUUUGUAAUUAACCAUUACCAAUUAUAGAAAGAUUAUUUUCAAACGGG